CGCUCCGUCGGCCUCGCAAGGCGCCGGAAGUAACCGAUUAGCACCGGAAGUUGGCCAGCGUGGGCUGUGAGCGUUCGCAAGUGGCGCGGGGCGCCAGUUGCCAUGGAGCCGGCCGGGCCCUGUGGUUUUUGCCCGGCCGGGGAGGCCCAGCCCGCGCGCUACACCUGUCCUCGCUGUAACGUACCCUACUGCUCGCUGCGCUGCUACCGGGCGCAUGGCAGCUGCGCCGAAGACUUCUACCGGGACCAGGUGCUAGGAGAGCUCCGCGGCCGCAGCGCCUCGCCCAGCCGCCUGGCCAGCGCCCUACAGCGGCUGCGUGAGCAACGCGAGACCGAGGACGACCCCGAGGACGCAGGCCGCGAGCCUGGCCCGGCGCCAGGUGGCCUCACCAGGCUCUGGGAGCUGCUGGCCCCGGCCGAGAAGGCGGCCUUCGAGCAGCUGCUGAGCCGUGGCGAGGGCGGGCGGCUGCUGCCCCCGUGGCGGCCGUGGUGGUGGGGCCGCGGGGCCGGGCCGCGGCUUCUGGAGGAGGUGGAUGAUGCUGCGGGCCGUGACCCUGCCGAGCUGGAACCCACCCCCGCGAGGACGCCACCGGAACCCGUGAAGGAGGCCGCCGCCGAGCCGUUCCUCGAAGAUGCUCCCGAGGCCUGCGCGCCCACCGUGCCCACCCGGAUCCCCACGCUGGCCAGCCUGAGCCGCAGCCCAGCCUCGCCGCUCGUGCGCUUCCAGCUGCCCAACGUGCUGUUCGCCUACGCGCACUCUCUUGCCUUGUAUCACGGCGGCGACGAUGCGCUGCUCUCCGACUUCUGUGCCACGCUGCUCGGCGUUUCCGGAGCCCUGGGUGCGCAGCAGGUCUUCGCCUCUGCCGAGGAAGCCCUGCAGGCCGCAGCCCAGGUGCUCGAAGCAGGCGAGCAUCCGCCUGGGCCUCUGGGCACACGGGGUGCCAUGCGCGAAGCCGCUCGCAUCCUGAUGGGCAAAGGCCCGACCGACCAGAAAGGCUACACGCUGGCAGCCCUGGGGCACUUGGCACAGACCCUGGGCCGGGCCCGGAAGCAAGCUGUGGCCACGGAAGAGCGAGAUCGCCUCUACCGGGCGCGGAAGAAGUGCCAGUUUCUAUUGGCUUGGACCAAUGAAAAUGAGAUGGCCCUCACACCCCUGGCCCUGGACUGUGCCAGGGCCCAUCGAGCCCAUGCUGUGGCGUCCGACGAGGUGGCAGCCCUCACCGGGGAGUUGGAGCGGCUUUGGGGAGGCCCUCUGCCACCUGCUCCAAGAAUUCUCAUCGAGGAACUCCCUGGCUGAACUGGGAUCUCUCUGUCAUUAAUAAAGCUGUGACUGGUCUGCCCUGUCA